UGUGAUGUAGGCCUAAGCCCAGCUGAAACUCCCAGAGAGAACUCUCAGUAUUCAGUUGCCUGAGAGCAACAGUGCUAUAGAGAUGGAGAAUUUUCUGUUCCUUCUGGAAAGCAUUGACACUUCAUGGCUGACCCCCAGCUUCACUACUUGGGCAAUGGACAUGAUCCUUGCCUUUGUGUGUGGGCUGGGACUCUUCCACCUAUUAGUCUUCUUCCACCUUGACUCACCCUCACCUCCAUCAGUGGAAAACACCACCACCCAAAAGGUAAGAAUGCCUUAGCCUCAAACCAAUGGAAAAUAGUCCCCUCUCUCCCCUUUUAUAGGCUAAACUUUCAAAAUCAAAUAGGGAGGUGGCUGACAGGGGACUCUCAGCUGAGAGCAGGAACCCAUCCUCUUGAGAACUGGCAGGUAGGGCAGAGGGGAGAGUGGACUGAGUCCACGAUGUCUGCUCUCACAUCCCUAUACCCGAGAGAAGGAAGCCCUGUGACUCGGUGCUCAGGGAAGGUGUCCCUGGGACGGUUAGGGAACUCUGAGAAAGGAAAGGUUCUGAGCACUGGUUCCUAUGUCUCCCUCUAACACACAUGCUGAUAGACUCAGUGGAGCUGAUAUGAAGGGGACCAUGAUCUCCAGGACAUGGGUCACCUCUGGCCUCAGGAGGCCGCUGCUGGUAGUUCAGAGCUGAGCCUCUGGUUCCUGAGCAGAACACUGACCAAUGACAUCAGUGGUGGAUCUCACAGAGACAGUCCCCACUUGUGUUUUCCAAGAGAAAAAGAACACAUACCUGCCCACUUGAUAGAAAAGUGAAUGGGGCUGCACAUGCUGUCUGUCUCUGCCAGGUGGUGAAGAGGGAGUACAGCAAGGUCAGGAAGAAAAUCAGGACCGUGAAAGCUUACAGAGGCAGCAGGAAGAAACCCAAAGGGGACAAGGUACUGGUUUCCCUUCUGCACAGGUGAGCCAUCUCCAGGUCUCUCUGGCUCCUCCCUCCUCUUGUCUGUUAUGUGAUGAGCCCCGACCAGGACACAAGGUUACCAUGGGAAUAGGGUCCCUCUGGAUGGGUGGGGUAUGAGUACAGCCUGGAGGUUAAGAUAACAAGGUCUGUAAAAAGCAGAGUGUGGAACAGUGGCUGGGAUGGGGAGCGAGGGUCCUUCCCUCCUCAGCUUGUGCAGCUUCCUGGCUGCAAUCACAUCUCCUGUCUUCCACAGCAUGCUAGAGAGGCUUGCCGAUACCAUCAGCUUUUGCCAGCUCUUAGGACAAGAUGCCUCGGGUGAAGCGUCUAAGCCAGAAGCUGCCAAAGCCAACCAGCCACCUAGUCAGCCCACAGAGAAGUCUGUGGCCACCAGUUUGUCCCUAGCGGUUUCCUCUGCUCCUCUCAAAGAUUCUAAAAUCUUGUCACCUGUCCUGCUGGAUUCCUCAGCUUCUACUGAGUCACAGUUUUCUGGGAGUGCCUCUCAGCCACCAGAGACCUUGACUCCUGGAAGACGUUAUUCACCACCACUGGCAUCUUCCCACCCAUCUCAUCCUCCUGAUCCUGUGGCUUGUCCUCCACCCAUGCCAGAUCCCAGCACAAAGGCUCCUUGGUGUGACUGCAAAACACUGGGGACCUCACAGGGCACACUUCUGCCAGGUUUGCCUUCUUCAGUCCCAACCACCACAGGACUUGACCAUUCAAGGAAGCCUACCUCCACCACGCCAGGCUUUGACCACUCAAUCAGGGCUACCUCUACAACCGCAGACCUUGACCACUCAAUCAGGCCUACCUCUACCACCCCAGGCCUUGACCACUCAAUCAGGCCUACCUCUACCACCCCAGGCCUUGACCAGUCCAUCAGGCCUACCUCCACUGUCCCAGGUCUUGACCACACAAGGAAGCCUACUUCUACCAAGCCAGGCCUUCACCACUCAAGCUGGCCUACCUCCACUACACCAGACUUUGACCACUCAAUCAGGCCUACCUCAGCCAUCCCAGGCCUUGACCACUCAAGCAGGGGGACCUCAACCACCCCAGAUCUUGACCUCUCAACCUGGCCUACCUCAAAUACUCCAGGCCUUAACCAUUCAAGCAGUGGGACCUCCACCACCCCAGGCCUUGACUACUCAAGUAGGCCCACAACUACUACUCCAGGCCUUAACUACUCAAGCAGGCCUAUCUCAACCUCCCCAGGCCUUGACAACUCAAGCAGGGGGACUUCUACCACUCCAGGCCUUGACCACUCAAGCAGGCCUACCUCAACCACCCCAGGCCUUAACCAUUCAAGCAGGCCCACAAUAACUACUCCAGGCCUUAACUACUCAAGCAGGCCUACCUCAACCUCCCCAGGCCUAGACAACUCAAGCAGGGGGACUUCUACCACUCCAGACCUUGACGACUCAAGCAGUGGGACCUCCACCAGCCCAGGCAUUGACCACUUAAGUAGGCCUACCUCAAACACUCCAGGCCUUAACCAUUCAAGCAGAGGUACUUAUACCUCUCCAGGCCUUGACCACUCAAGCAGGCCUACCUCAACUACCCCAGGCCUUAACCACUCAAGCAGGCCUACCUCAACCACCCCAGGUCCGGAACACUCCAGCAGGUCUUCCUCAAAUAUGCCAAGUCUUGACCACUCAAGCAGGCCUAAUUCAACCACCCCAGGCCUUAAACAGUCAAGCAGGCCUACCUCUACCAAUCCAGGCCUUGACCUCUCAAGUAGGCCUACCUCAGGCCCUUCCUGGUACCAGGUAGCUGCCAAAACCUGGUGCUGCUCCAACUCACCACAUGGUGAAUCCUCAAAAGACCAUCUGUUUCUCAGCCUCCAAAAGGCCUCGUUCUGGACAGGCCCCACAUACAUGCAGAUAGACACUGAGAAGCCCUCUUUCAUCAACCCUGAUAUCCAGGAGAGGCUGGAAUUUGAGAUUCAAAAGAGGGUUGAACUAAAAGUUUGGAAGGGGAAAGGCAAAGACAGGUGUGACCAUGCCCUGGGAUAUAUGGACAAUAUGCUGCAGUCCUGGAGCAGCCAGCAGGCCACCACCAGAACCUGCAAAUCAGAGCAAUUUACAGGUCAUCAGCAGUUCUUUUACAAGAAAUACAGUCAGCUUUUCUGGGGCCUCCCCUUUCUCCACAGUGAGUCCCUUGUGGUUACUGUCAACAUGGCAGGGUCCCCACCAGAGCCCCCCUCCAUUUUAUUCAAUGGACUCUCUACUUACUUUCCAACAUUAUUUCAGACUAAUGUAUAUCCACAGCUCUUUUCUCUAAAGCCUUUGCUUGAUCACUUGGUCAAAACCCAACCUUUGACUCCAAAGUUAUCCAGGUCACAAUCUCCACCAGUGGCUGGAAUCCAAACCCAGGGCUGUGACCCAUCCUCUCUCCCAGAGCUACCACACCAUUCACCUCCAACCAGGGAUUAUGGGGCUUCUCAACCUAGAGCUUCAAGAGUACAAUUUAUGAUCCCACCUGCUGCUCAACAUCUAGAGCGCCACCUUUUGAAGAAGCACCAAGAGAGUAAGUGUGAUUUACCCCCCAUAGUUAAGAGGUCACAGGAAGCAUUUCAUCAACUCAAUUCUAACAGUUGGGCCUCCCAGGGAAAGGGUUCUGUUGUCCACCUCCCAGGGAAUUUCAUUAACCCUGGGCUCCAGCAGCAGCUGGAACAAAACUUAAAAAAGACUGACACGCAACGGCCAUGUCCCCACAAGGUCCAGCUAUCUCUGGAUCCGAGAAAGUCUCAGGACAAACUCCCAGGGAUGGGUCAGGCAGAAGUUAACCAUGGGACCUCAUGUUCCUCAGCACUGGCAGAUGAAAGCAGCCUUCAUGCACAGAGUGUCUCAUCACAGGGUCUUGAAAUAUACCAAAUAUGGAUGGACCCAAGCAUGUAUCUGACAAAUGGUCUUGGAAGAGCUCUGAACGAUCUGUACAGGAGCCCAGAAGAUUACCAAGGCAAAGUUCUCGGAGCUGUCUCUGAGACAGAGACAGAAAGUGUCCACAUGAGACACCUGAGAAGUGACACUCGAAGUGUUUCCUCAGUGGAACCAGGAACAAAGUUGGUAGAAGGUACCCCCCCAAAAGACUCAAGCAGCAAGUGGAGGCAUGCUCAGGACAGUAAGAUGCAUGAAGGGAUUUGUCAUGCAGUAUGUAUGGACCAUGCAUUGGCCCCUCCUGAAAACUUGAAUGAUUGUACCACCUACAGGAAAACUUCUGGUGGGCCUUCCUUCCUACAUCCUGGCACUCAGAAGGUGCUGGAAACACAUCUUACAAGACGUCUGGUGAGACACAGAUGGAGCCUGCCCCUCAUAGGCCUCAAGGCUAUCCAUGUUUUCAACAAGACCAAGGCUACAGCUGUGCCCUUUCCACAGCCCUCUGAAUCUUCUUUGUCCUUCUGGGACUCUAGAGACGACUCCAUUGUCAAAAAGGCCAGUGUCCUGGGAGAACCUUUUCAGAAAGGCCCAGAAGAGAAAGUGAAAACAACCUCCACACAGAACCCUCCUUCUGCCUCCCAGCUUGGAUUCCUGAGAGAGACUCCACCUAGAGACAAUUCUGGGCCCUCUGAUGCCCCUACAACUGUUGAGGGAGACAAUAUGAUUUCUCUGUCCACCUCACAAAGUCUUGUGGGCAGAGACUGGCACAAUGAUAGGGUUCUUAGAUCUUGGACAGGCAACCCAGAGUCAAACCCAGGCCUAGUGAAGGGUGCACAUGAGUCACAGGAGAAGGAGCGUCUGAUUUUAAGUAAUACCUACAAUUGGGUGUCAGUUCGGGAGAUCAGUGUGGCAUCCCAGUCACCAAGUAGCAGGGAUAUCAGGGAACUGAAGAAGGCAGAGGAGGAACAGUCCUGUGACUGGGCAGUCAUCAUGGAAGCUGGGGAAAUGGUCAACUCUGAAAGCAACAAUCAUUAUCUAAGAGAUUCAGAAUCAUUGGAACCUAGUGAAAGUCCAUCCCCUUCUACCCAGGAUCCAGAAGACUCAGGCCUGAGCACACUUCACUGCUCGUCCCCUGGUGUUGUCCUGCAGGACUGUGCUACUGAAUCAUUCUUUAAAGACUGUGGCCCUGAGGUUCUCCUUGCUGCAGAUAUCCUGGCCACCAAAGCCUCCCAGUCCAGCUUCAAGAAUGUGCCUGCUACAAGCAAGUCAACCUACCAGGACAGGCACCCUUUCUUAAGAGAAGGGGAUAUGCCUAACAUUUCUAAACCACAGGAACCAUGGCCUAGCCAUAUCUUUGUUCCAACUGACAAAAAACAAUGUCAAAGUCCCAGGCAGGACUCAUGUCUUUCAGGGAUGAUGCCUGUCCAAGCCUACAGGUCAAAUACUAAAAAGUGCAGUUCUUCCGAAGAAACGGGGAAGUUUGGGGACAGGAUAAAAAACUUUAUAAGGUCAAUUUUCAACCCCAAAGCCAAAUUACAGGAGAACUCCCUGCAAAAAGUAAAGUCCUUACCAGCCACGAUCCAAAGCCCUGGGUCAGUCCCGAGUAGAUUAUUCAUGGCUCAACAGGUUGCUGAAGCACAGGACCUCAUGACCUCUGUUGGAUCGAUUCUAGAGGAAAAGUUGGGGGUUCACCAUUGGUGUGCUCCCUCAAAGAAAAAUUUGCACCAAGAACCACCCCAAGCCCAAGUGAGUAGGCAUGUCUGCCACCACAGGAUUCCUAUUGCAGAAGCAAUACAAGGAACAACAAAGAAACAAUACAGUACCUGUGUUCACCAAGCCAACCCCAAGGUACACAGCCAACCUUCACAAAGCCAACCUUCUACAGACAAAUGGAUGUCCUAUGCUAACUGGGCCCAGGUGUCCAGAGAACCUGGGUCCCGACCCAGGCCCUAUCAGCACAGGGCACAGGCACCACGUGUCCCAUGGAACCCUGUCCACUGUCCUAGGCACUGCCCCUACAGAAGUGGACUAUAGAAAGUAAUUAAACACUUUUCCCCAAAAGA